AUGUCUCAAUCUGCCCCUUCCAUGAUAGGCUACUCUCAGACUGGAUUUUAUUCAUCAAAUAUCGCUCUGCCUGUUGAAGCAUCUUAUAAUUACAUUUACAGCCAUGAAAGCGACGCACCUGGUCCAAAUCAUCAUCAGGCCAUUCCAGACGCUAUUCAAACAAAUAUCGGGCCAACCGCACUAUUGAAUCCCUUCAACCAGACGCGCUCCAGAGCUACACAAAAUUGGCAUCUUAGAAAACUCCAUGGCGAGAAAUCCAAUACUCUGGAUGAACUCAUGCAGUAUCAGGGACUGGAAGCGGUUAAGCAGCACUUUCUUGAUCUCAAAUCCAUGGUUGACAUCUGGAAAAAGCAAGACCCAGAGGAAACGAUGGAUAUUUUAAAACAGGAACGGUUUAACAUCGUCUUCCAAGGAAAUCCUGGAACGGGGAAGACGGUAGUUGCUCGGAUAUACGCCAAGUUCCUAAACGAGAUGAAAAUCUUACAUUCCGAUUAUAUUAAGGAGACAUCUGGCGUUAAUAUAGCCUUGGGGGGUGGGAAACAUAUGAAAAACAUCAUCAACUACAUGAAAGUUAAUAAGAAAGGUGGCGUCAUCUUUAUGGACGAAGCUUACCAGCUUAUGAGCUCCUAUGUUGAUGGAAAUGGUAAACAAGCUCUUGAUGUGCUUCUGACAGCACUGGAAAAUAACCUGGGCAGUAUUGCAGCUAUUUUUGUGGGCUAUAAAGACGAGAUGGUGUCUUUUUUUGAGCAUAAUCCAGGUCUAGAGAGCCGUAUUCCUUACGUUGUUAACUUUACGGACUUUAGCGAUGGAGAACUCUGGCAAAUCCUAGUGGAUAAGAUCAAAAAGCAGUAUCAAGGUAAGAUGCGCGUUGAAGGUGGCUUCGAUGGUCUUUAUAUGCGCAUCGUUAUUCGUCGCUUAGCACAAGCUCGAGGGUGCCGCAAUUUUGGAAACGCUCGCGCUGUCGAAAACCUGCUUGUCCGUAUUAAACAACGUCAAGCUCGCAGGUUAGCGCAAGAGAAGAUUGAACAUUGUCAAUAUAUUGACUACUUCCUCUUUACCAAAGAGGACCUUAUAGGCCCCAAUCCUUCAGCAGUGGCGAGGUUGUGUCCGGCUUGGAUCGAAUUGUACAAACUUAUUGGACUUGAAGAAGUCAAAAAGUCUGUGGAAACCCUGAUCGGAAUGGUAGAGCUCAACUAUCAGAGAGAACUACUUGAAGGACUUCCUAUCCAAUUUUCACUCAACCAAGUCUUUGUCGGAGCUCCAGGAACUGGAAAAACCACAGUUGCGAAAUUAUACGGUCAAAUACUAGCUGAACUAGGCUACCUUAGUUGCGGCGAUGUCGUUCUGAAAACGCCCGCUGACUUCAUUGGCGACUGUUUGGGAAAGUCGGAGACCAAAACAAGACAAAUUCUAGAAUCCACCGUUGGUAAAGUCCUUAUUAUUGAUGAAGCUUACAUGCUCGAUGCUGGCGACUCCCAGAGGGACCAGGACAAAUUCAAAGCAGGUAUUAUUGAUACUAUUGUAUCAAUGACUCAUGGAUUACCGAACGAGGAUCGAUGCAUUAUCCUUGUUGGCUAUAAGGAUAAGAUUCGUGAAAUGUUCCAAAACGCCAACCCUGGUCUCUCACGGCGUUUUCCUAUCGAACAUCCUUUUCACUUUGAAAAUUUUAACGUUGAACAAUUAAAGGACAUUUUGAUCCUAAGGGCUAAAGAGGAUAAUCUAGUCAUCACCGAGGAUGCACUACUUGCUGCGCAAGAAAUCUUUACACGGGCUCUUAUGAGGCCUAACUUUACUAACGCUGGCGAAGUGAACAACAUGUUUGCUGCAGCAAAGAUGAGAUACGCAACUCGCCUAUUAAAUCUGCCCAUGAAUGAAAGGAUCUUUGCCACAGCCUUAGAAGCCGUUGAUUUUGAUCCAGAAGCUGGCAAGAGAGAUGAGUCAGAGCUAGCCUGCGAAAAAAUGCUAGACGGAGCAGUCGACAGUCGGAUUAUAGACAAAAUUGCUAGCUACCAGCAUGGUUACCGUAUGGCAACAAAGCUAAACCUAAGCCCAAGAGCCUUCGUUCCGACCAACUUUAUAUUCAAAGGCCCGCCAGGUACUGGAAAAACAACGACAGCUAAACAAAUGGGCAAAAUUUUCUAUAACAUGGGUUUCGUCUCAACAAACGAAGUUAUCGAAUGUACCGUCACCGAUCUUGUCGGCCAGUACGUAGGACAAACUGCGCCGAUGACAAAGAAGAAGCUCCAGGAGGGUCUUGGCCGUGUAUUAAUCAUCGAUGAAGCCAACCGUCUUAUCAAUGGCUCUUAUGCGUCAGAGGCUGUUGAUGAACUUCUUAGUUUUCUCGCAAAUCCUUCGAAUACUGGGAAUAUGAUCAUCAUUCUUGUUGGUCUGACAGCUGAGAUGGACAAGCUCCUAUCUCAAUAUCCAGUACUAUCCAAUUUCUUCCCGGACGAAAUCACCUUCGAAAAUAUCUCACCCGAUGAUUGUAUAAAAUUGCUCAUAAAAGAGCUGAAGGGGAUAGGCAUUCAUGCCGCAACCAGUUUCCUUCUCGAUCACAGUAAAGAUGAGUACUGCAAGAUUCGACAACUAUUUCGCUCCCUAAGCGUCCAACAAUGCUGGGGUAAUGCCCGCGAUGUUAAGGCUUUAGCCAAACAAAUCACGACGCGGUUCAUCAGUACUCAAACUUCAUGUGCUCUGCAAAAAGAAAUUUCGAUGCAAUGUGUAACCGAGUCGAUGGAGCAGAUGAUUGCACUUCGAAAAGGUCGUAUGAAACCAUCAACUUCCGGUCACUCUUCGAGCAAUUUUAGCCAAAGAUCACAAGAAAAUCCGCAGCAGGUUAUGGUACCACAACAGGUGCCAGCCACAGUUCACACCGGCAAACGUAAAGGAGUCUGGGAUACGGAUAGAGGCGUCGAUAAUGGCAGCGCUAAGCGACACCAAGGGUUAGCAAGUUACAUGCCCCCCUCACAAUCAAAAUAUUUCCUUUCAAAGGAAGCGGAUACUCCUCUAAAAGAGGAGACGCAGCAGCAGCCAUCAACACGGAAAAAAGUCUCACGAGAAGAUGGAGUCUCAGAUACAGACUGGGAGAAAAUCUGCAGCGCCAACACGAACCGAACUAUCAGACAGAAGCUGCUAGAGUUACAGUUAGCGGGACUGCAACGAGAUAUGAAGAGUGACGAGAAUAAAGAGGACAGUGAUUAUAUGUCGAAACUCCAGGAUCGGCUUGAACAGGCUCAAUCAAAGAUAAAAAAAGAAGAAGAGAUCCAAAAUGCUCUUCAUGCGAUGGGGCGGUGCGUGAUGGGAUACGCUUGGACUAAGCAAGACGGAGGUUAUCGGUGCGAGGGAGGAUCACAUUUUGUGUCAGAUGAAGAACUUGCGACCAAAUUAUAG